UAACUUAUUUUAAUGCACAGACGCAGAGAUGUCAACACAUUUCAUUCAAUUGUUCUUUUCUGUUAAAAUUUUAGUGCCACAAGCACGCUUAGAUAAUGAAAUUAUUAAUUUUAUCAAAUUACAGGCAGGUUUUAAAGAUGGUGCUUCUGAUGGACAAACUGCUAUAUUUCAAUCUAGUUUCAAUAUUGGAUAUAUUCAAGGCCUUGAUUUUGGAAUACAUUUAGGAAUACGUGAAGCUAUAUAUGGUAACCAAGAAUUCCUCCCAAUUUCUAAUCAAUUAAGUGAUCCAAGGAAAAUUAACUGUCAGUUGUGUAUUAAUAAGAAUAUAGAAGAGAAAAUUGACAAUUUAUUUAAUACCCAAGAAGAAACAAAUAAUAUAUUUCUUUUGAGAUCAGUCCAGUAAUAUACAUAUAUUUAUGUUGUACAUAUGAGCAGUACACAUCACCAGACUUCAGAAAGAAGCUAGCAGAAGGCAGUAAUGUGAAUUUCCUUUGAAUAACUGUCGA